AAAGCAGAGAGUCGAGUAUAAAGGAUUUACAGAAGGCACUGGUGAGAAACACUUGUUUCUACUUGCCUACAACUUACAAUGAAGCAAACAGACAGCAAACACAUUUUGGUGAUAUUUGUGGGGGUGCUCAGUACUCUAUGUGUCGAAACAUGCCCAAAGAACCAUUUCCAACUUCCAGAUUCGCUGUGCUGCCCUAACUGCCCUGAAGGUUGGUAUGUUGCCAAGAACUGCUCCAAAAGAGCCGGAGACUACACUGUGGACUGUAGAAUAUGCCGCAGAUGUGAAGAAACUGGACAGAUCACUGUUUCCAAAUGCACGCAGUUCGCAGACACACAGUGUGCCAAUGCAGACGAGCCUGUUACUACGAUGGUUACUACACAUCCAACACUUCUCCGCCUAGGACAACGGCCACAGAUAACCUUGUAUGGUUGCUCAUUUGUGGUAGUCGCUGUCUUCAUGCUGGCUGUGAUCGUGUCAGUCUGCUUUAUCAGAAUCAGUAAAUCUGGUGAAUCAGAUGAAAGCUCUGCAGGAGAACCAUUCAAUAUAAAAGACACAGAGACAGUCUAAAGAAAAUGUUAAUUCAGGAAAAGUCCGGCAUCAUGUGGCUUAUAAUAAGGAUUCAAUGAAUUUAGAAAUACUGCAAUACAAAGUUCUAUAUAGUUGGUCAUAAGGUACAGAUUUUUUAUAUUUGAAAGUCUUAUUUUUCUAAGAGUCAGCACUGUGGUUUGAGUGUACUCUAAAGACACAUUGAGUGCUGUAUUUAAGAAGAUGCUGAAUGUGUAUGUGCACAUAUGUUUAUUUAGAAGCGUAUCUAUAGUCAGAUAUAUCUACUUUAUUUUAUCAUGAUGCUGUGUAUCAUUUUUAUUUUGUUACUUUUUUUUAAAAAAAGGAUUCCUCUUUUUGUAUCAGAUAUUUGUAAACUGUAAAUCUAAAAACUCUAACCUCCCCAACUCAAAAUGAACUGAAUUUUUCAAUUGGCCCAAAUGAAAUUCUACAAAUGAAGAGUUCAGAUGCAAAAGCCUCUAAGUGCCAUUUGAAAUUUUCUUCUAGAAUGAUCAUUUUUAU